AUCGGUAAGCGCUGUGUAAAGGGAAUAGCCAAUCAGCCGGCAGGUAGCCCUGACGCCUGGUGCAAGUGACGCUCUCCAUCUUCCCUUCUCUGCUGCGCCGUCAUGUCGGCAGUACCGUGCUCGGGCGCUUCGUCCGCCGGGCCAGUGCCCGGGAUGUCCAUGUUCCGCUGGAUGGAAGUCCUGGAGAAGGAGUUUGACAAGGCCUUCGUGGAUGUGGAUCUGUUGCUGGGAGAGAUAGACCCUGACCAGGCCGACAUCACCUAUGAGGGCCGCCAGAAGAUGACCAGUCUGAGUUCAUGCUUCGCUCAGCUGUGUCAUAAAGCGCAGACCGUAAGCCAGAUCAACCACAAACUAGAGGCUCAGGUUGUAGAUCUGAAGUCAGAGCUGACAGAAAGUCAAGCAGAAAAGACCGUGUUGGAGAGGGAGGUUCACGAUCAGUUGCUUCAGCUCCAUGCUGUGCAGUUACAGCUGCAUUCCAAGACAGGACAAAAUGUGGACUCGGGGGCCAUCAAAGCCAAACUGUCUGUCCCUACUCUGGAAGUCAUGGAAAAAGAACUGGAGGCCAACAAGAGGGAGAAGGUAAAGGAAGCACUGCUGGAAGCCGAAGUCAAAUUGCUUAGAAAAGAAAAUGAAGCCCUUCGCAGACAUAUUGCUGUUCUCCAGGCAGAGGUAUAUGGCGCAAGGCUGGCUGCUAAGUACUUGGAUAAAGAACUGGCUGGAAGAGUCCAGCAAAUUCAGUUGCUUGGCCGGGAUAUGAAGGGUCCUGCACAUGACAAGUUAUGGAAUCAGCUUGAGGCUGAAAUUCACUUACACAGACAUAAAACAGUUAUCAGAGCCUGUCGAGGGCGAAAUGAUUUGAAGCGACCUCUGCCAGUUCCUCCAGGACAUCAGGACCCAGAAUGCUUGAAGAAAAGUCAAGGAGUUGGGCCAAUCAGAAAAGUAAUUCUCGUUAAAGAAGAUCAUGAAGGACUCGGUAUAUCUAUUACAGGGGGAAAGGAACAUGGGGUACCAAUUCUUAUAUCAGAAAUUCACCCGGCACAGCCAGCUGAUCGAUGUGGUGGACUUCAUGUUGGUGAUGCAAUUUUGGCAGUAAAUGGCAUCAAUUUAAGAGAUGCUAAACACAAAGAAGCCGUUACUAUCCUCUCCCAGCAGAGGGGAGAGAUUGAGUUUGAAGUAGUGUAUGUUGCCCCAGAAAUAGACUCAGAUGAUGAAAAUGUAGAGUACGAAGAUGAAAGUGGUCAUCGUUAUCGCUUGUAUCUUGAUGAGCUAGAGGAAGGUGGCAGUAACCCUGCAGCACCUAACAAAGAUGGAAGCGGUGACUCUAAACCACUAAGAGUUUUCGAGCAAAAGCAUCAUGAUGAAGGACAUGAAAAUGGGGACCUGGAACCAUCAAGUGAAUCCCUUUCAGGGGAUACAGCUUCCAAGCUAGCAUAUUCUUCAGAGUCCCUGUCGUAGGGCUCAUAUGUGGUGUCUAUGGUGAAAGAGACCGAUAUUCACUCUAGUGGACGAGACAAGCUGCAGUCUCGCAGGGGGUCAGGAUAUAAGUACCUCCGAAGCGGUUUCCUCAGGGUUUGUCUGAGCAGUUUUACAUGUGCAAAAAUCUGUCUCGUUUAUCCACUAAGAGCCAAAACUAUUGUCAUUGCAUGUUUCUUUCCUUCUGUUCUUUCUUUCUCCAUAUUGUAAACACCAAAGCAUGUCUUUUUCAACGUUAAAGGUUGUUCUAGACUGCGUAUCAAAAGUUGGUCAAAUGAAUGUGACCGACAAUCAAACUGAUUACAGC